GGCUUUGAGGAAAAUAGCAGUGGGCAAAGCCAGAAGCCAUGAAAAAGUCUCGAAAAAGAGACUAUUGGCAAGGUUUCACCACGAAAGAGUCUCGAAAAAGGGAUUUUGGGCAGGCUUUCACCAUUGACUUGCCAUCAGAUAUAUGGGCAGGCAGAGAUGAUAAAUUUGCUUCCCGUUGCUCGGCGAAUGGCCAUGUGGUCGCAGUGCCCUGCAAUGCCAAGAAGAUUCUGGUGGUGGAUCCCGCAUCUCCCCAUGCUUUCGCUAUCGAGCUGCCAUCAGGCAUCAAUGCACAAACAGCUGACAAAUUUCUAUCUAGUUGCUCAGUGAAUGGCCAAGUUGUGGCAGUGCCUUUCAAAGCUAAGAAAAUUUUGGUGGUUGAUCCUCAGUCUCGUGAGGCCUUCACCAUCGACCUGCCAUCAGGCAUCAAAGCAGACAGACGUGACCGUGGCAAGUUUGCAUGCAGUUGCGUGGUGAAUGGCCAGGUGGUAGCAGUGCCUUUUGAUGCUGAGAAAAUUUUGGUGGUUGAUCCCCUAUCUCGUCAAGCCUUUGCCAUAGCCUUACCACCAGCAGUCUUCGCAAAGGGCAGAGCAAAAUUUCGAACCAGUGCUGUGGUGAAUGGACAAGUUGUGGCUGUCCCCAAUGAUGCUGAAGAGAUUCUUGUGGUAGAUCCUGCAUCUAGUGAAGCUUUCACCAUUGAGCUGCCACUAGACAUCGAUGAAGAGCGGCUUGACAAAUUCAAGUCGAGUUGCUCAGUGAACGGCCAGGUGGUAGCAGUGCCCUACUCGGCUGAGCGGGUGUUGGUGGUGGAUCCCACAUCUCGCCAGGCGUUCGCCAUCAGUGCAGGUGGAUGGCAGAGAUUUCGUUCCAGUUGCGUGUUGAAUGGCCAGGUGGUGGCAGGGCCUUGCAAUGAUCGAAAGCAGACUCUGGUCGUCGAUCCUUCGUCUCGGCGAGCUUUCACCAGAUUUCUGCCAUCAGGCAAUCCGGCAGAGCAGAGAGACUUUGAUUUUUUGCCCAGGUGCUCAGUGCACGGCCAUGUGGUGGCAGUCCCUUGCGAUGCCGCGAAGAUUCGGCUGUUGUGUUCGAGGUCGUUGAGGCUCGGUUUGCCGACGAGUGAUGUCCACACCACCCCGCAGUUUGUAGAUCUGGUGGCAGCCUUAUUGAGUUUUUGGAUCUACACUGAUGACCCAGAACCUCCGACGUUGGAGCAUGCCUUGUUUGAGGUUCAUGCUUGGGGUGAGCCGACACAGGUGGGAAGACCUGUGAGACUGCGAGGUGUCAUUGCAGAUUUGCCUGUGGGGAAGGUGUUUUUCAUUGUGUUCAGGAGAACCUCGGGCUUGCUGGAUUUUGAGAACUGGAACUUGGAACCUGUCUAUGUUUCGGAUGACUUUUUUGCCAGUAGGGGAGCAACAUAUGCCAUGGCAUGCAUCAGACUUUGGAUCGAGUGCCUUAGCCCGGCAAGAUUUCGAUUCCUCAGGGAAAACGGUGUGAAGAGAAUUGUUUUUGCAGGACACUCAGUAGGCGGUGUGUAUGCGCAGCUGUGCUUGGAGAUGUGGUGGAGAACGCUUCAAGCAAAUACACCCAGACGUAUCUAUCAUUAUCUAUCUUCGUUUGAUAUACAAUGUAUCACCUUCGGCGCUCCCAUGGUUUUUGGGGGCAGCUCCAAGGAAGCCAGCCAGUUCAAGGACUUUGCGAAGGAACGUGCUGUCAACUACAUCCAUGCUGAUGAUACAUGCCCGAGGGCUUGGGGUGCUUUGAAUUUGCGAGAUUUUGUCGAGAAAGCAACCGUGGCAGUGAACAAAGGAUUGAUGGAUCCACAUGGCAGCAUCAAGGGUUCUUCGUCACCGAAAGUUGUGGAAGAAAUGGCAACCAAGUUCUUGAAGAGGCCCGAUUUCAAUGUCACUGAGGAUCUUGCCAAGAAAUACGAGCAUUUCGUACCUCUACGAAUACUGAGUUCCAAGAAGGAACCUGAUUCUUGGAAGGAUUUCCAGUUGACGCCAGAGUGUUUUGAGAACCAUUCCGUUUUGGCCUACGUGAACAAAUUGUUUGAUGCAUUUGAUGCCAGCCGGCCCGAGUGUCAUAUUCAUCGCCAUGUUCAUGAGACUCCUGAGUCUGAACACUGGCCUUCCACUUUGGGGGCCUAGUUCGACUUGUUAAUUCCAAUAGACACAGUUGCGGGGGGAAACUGUGGAGUCAAAAC